AUGGUUCCAAAACAGUACAGCCUGUACGCCACCACGUACACCAUCAUCUUCAUCCCUGGGCUGCUUUCAAACAGCGCUGCCCUCUGGGUCCUGUGCCGCUUCAUCAGCAAGAAGAGCAAAGCCGUGAUCUUCAUGAUCAACCUGGCCAUGGCCGACCUGGCCCACGUGCUCUCCCUGCCACUGCGAAUAUACUAUUAUAUCAACCACACGUGGCCUUUUGGGAGGUUCCUCUGCUUGCUGUGCUUCUACCUGAAGUAUCUCAACAUGUACGCCAGCAUCUGCUUCCUCACCUGCAUCAGCAUCCAGCGGUUCCUCUUCCUCUAUCAGCCCUUCAAGGCCAAGGACUGGAAGCGCCGCUACGACGCGGCCAUCAGCGCCGCCGUUUGGCUCCUCGUCGGCGCCGCGUGCUCUCCCUUCCCCAUCAUGCGCAACUACGGCCUGGCCAACAGCACCAACACCUGCUUUGCAGACCUCGAAGUCCGGCAGAUCGACAGCAAGGUGGCCACGGUGCUGAUGACGGUGACGGCGGAGCUCUUUGGCUUUGUUGGCCCUGUCGUCAUCAUCUUAUUCUGCACUUGGAAGACCAAAGUCUCCCUUCGGGGCUUCCAGAUACCAUCCGAAAGCAGCGGUGAGAGGCAGAAAGCCCUACGGAUGGUUUCCAUGUGCGCCACUGUGUUCUUCGUGUGCUUUGCACCGUACCACAUCAACUUCUUUUUCUACAUGAUGGUGAAAGAAAAUGUUAUUUCGGACUGUUUCUUACGUAGCAUCACUCUUUACACUCAGCCCUUUUGCUUGUGUCUCGCAAGCCUGGACUGCUGUCUGGAUCCAAUCCUGUAUUUCUUUAUGAAUUCAGAGUUUCAGGAUCAGAUAUCCAGACACAGCAGCAUGGUCAUCAGGAGCCGGCUCAUGAGCAAAGAAAGUGCCUCCUCAAUUAAGGAAUGA